UGGCCAGUUCGACGAUUGGAACCUUAUCCCUCUGCAAAAGAAUAAUUGAUUGUGAGCAUGACGCCAUUAACAAUGAAUAAAACCUCUAAUCAGUGAAAGACUAAACCCCUCAAGUCAAAGAUCGUGAACGCUUAAUUUCCAAGCUCACCCACAAACAUGAUCAAAGCAAAAACUAUUUUUAAAGUAAACUGUUUGGAAUUCAAUGCCUUUGAUGAUGUUGAAAUCUUCAUCUAAACAUCUUCAACCCCCAAAAGCCACCAUUUUUGUUGUCACUGUUUCACAAUCUUCACAUCCAACACUCCUCGAACUUUCCCUAACUGAAGAUCUCAACACCAAUUUGGCAAUUUCAAUCGUCAUUUUGCUUUUUUAGAGCUUGUUUGGUAUUGAGAUGGCUGAUCUGAUUUUGGGAGCUGUAGUUGGUGAAUUACUGGCUGCUGUUAUAGAGGCGACCAAGCAAGCCAUCAAUUUCAAAUCCUCUCUCGAUAACCUCAAAACAACUUUGAUUGCAAUACAGCCAUUUUUUGACGAAAUAGAGAAGCUAAACAAGUUGUUGGACGCUCGGAAAGAAGAAACAGGCAUGUUUAUCGAUCGUCUGAAAGAGGGUAAAAAUCUAGUUCUUAAGUGUUCCACAAUCAAAAGCUGGAAUGUGUACAAAAAGAUUAGGUACAAUAAGAAGCUGACCGAUUUGGAUAGCUCGUUGUUGAGGUUCUUUCAGAUUGAUGUGCAAGCACUGAUGGCCAGGGACAGUAAGAAGAUUUUGGUAGGUGUCAACGAUAAUGACCAGAAAUUAGAUAGAAUACUUUCGAUUUUGAAAAACGGCGUUGGUGGGAGUCGUUAUUCAAAUGGGGUUUCAGGUUCUUGUACAGUUCCAGGCGUUCCGCAUUUCAUCGUUGGAUUGGAUGUGCCUCUUCAAGAAUUAAAGGUGAUGCUGCUCAAGGAUGAAGUGUCAGUGGUGGUGCUUUCGGCUCCUGGAGGGUGUGGGAAGACUACAUUGGCCAAAAUGCUCGGUCGCGAUGAUGAAAUUAAAGCCAUAUAUGGGGCCAAUAUAUUCUUUGUCAAUGUCUCAAAAACGCCCAAUAUCAAGGUCAUGGUUCAGAAACUAUUUCAACAUCAGGGUUGUCAUCAGUUGCCUGAGUUCCAAAGUGAUGAUGAUGCAAUCAACCAACUCGAGAACUUCCUGGAACAAAAAGGACAUGAUCGGAUAUUGUUGGUUUUGGAUGAUGUAUGGCCUGGAUCGGAAUCCCUUAUUCAGGAUUUCAAGUUCCAAAUACCAGGAUACAAAAUUUUGGUUACAUCAAGAUCUGAGUUAACAGGUUUUGAUUCUACGUAUAGGUUGAAAUUGUUGAAUGAUCAAGACGCGAUUACUCUUUUUCGCCAUUUAGCAUUUCCCCAAGAUGGGACCUCCAAUGUGCCGGAUGAUCUUGUGAACGAGGUGGUGAAGGGCUGUGGGGGAUUCCCGCUGGCCCUUACAGUGGUUGCCAGAUCACUCUAUAAGAAGCAUGAAGUGAUCUGGAGAAGUACAGUGAAGAAAUGGUCUGAAGGUCAAUCUAUUUUUGAUUCAAACACAGAGCUUCUUAAACGUCUCCAAACCAGCUUAGACGCUUUGGAAGAAAUGCCUAUAGUCAAAGAGUGUUACGUGGACCUGGGUUCAUUUCCUGAAGACCAAAGGAUCCCUGCCUCUGCUCUCAAGGAUAUGUGGGUGGAAAUGUACAACCUAGAUGAAGACGGUAUGGAUACCCUCGUCAACCUUAUUGAGCUCUCCAAUAGAAAUUUGGCUAAUCUUGUACUUACAAGAAAAGAUUCAAGUGAGGUUGAUGACUACUGUAAUGAGCAAUUUGUCACGCAGCAUGAUCUACUGAGAGAACUGGCUAUUUACCAGAGUAAUCGAGCGCCCAUAGAACAGAGAACAAGAUUAAUAAUGGACAUAAGUGGGAACAACCAUCCCAGAGGGUGGAUUGAACAAAUUUCGCAGCCCAUCCAUGCCCAUCUCUUGUCUAUUUCUACAGAUGAAACAUUCUCUUCAAGCUGUUACGACCUGCAAGUACCUGAAGUUAAAAUAUUAAUCUUAAAUUUCCGGACAGGGAACUUCACUUUACCUCAGUUUCUGGAGAGAAUGGAUAGACUGAAGGUGCUGAUCAUUACAAAUUAUGGGUUCAGCCCAGCUGAACUAAAUGACUUUUUGUUGCUGGGUUAUUUGUCCAAUCUAAAGAGAAUCAGGUUAGAACAUGUUUCGAUACCUUCCCUUAGUACAUCUGUUUUAGAGCUGAGGAAUUUGAGAAAAAUAUCCUUGAUUAUGUGUGAGAUUGCAAAAGCUUUUGAGAAUUGCACCAUGGAGCUUCCCCAUUUGUGGCCCAACCUAGAGCACAUGGAUAUUGAUUGUUGUUAUGAUUUAUUUGAAUUGCCUGCUGGGCUAUGCAACCUUAUCCACCUUAGGAAGCUCAACAUCACUUACUGUCAUGAGUUGCGUGCACUUCCUGAAGGGUUUGGAAAUUUGACAAAUUUGGAAGUAUUGAGGCUUCAUUCUUGUACCAAACUGUAUGAUUUACCAGAGUCAAUUGGAAGCCUCCAAAAACUAAGGUUUCUUGAUAUGUCGGAUUGCUUGAGAUUGGGAAAAUUGCCAACCCGUAUGGACAAGUUGUGUGGUCUAAGAACUCUGCACAUGAGAGGUUGUCGGGGAUUAGAAGAGUUGCCAACAUCAGUAAUGGAUCUGAAGCAGUUAAAAGAUGUGAUAUGCGAUGAAGAGACUGCCUACCUAUGGGAACCUUAUGAAAGUUACCUCGUCAAUCUGAAGAUAAAUGUUCUAAAAGAAGAUAUCAACCUCAAUUGGCUUCACAAUUUCCAUCCUUGAGAAACUUGUUGGGGGCACAGGUGAAGGGAUGCCACUAGAAAGACUACAUAGUAAAGGAGCUACUUGCGUAGUAUGGGAAGAAUAUAUAACAGAGCAAAACAGGAUAUAGUGAAGGAGGUACCACAAUUUGGUGAACACAGAAGUGCAAACUCUUCAAUUCUAUCCAUUGUCUCGAUCACAGCAAAUCUGUUUCUAUGCGAUUAGAAUCAAAUUUCACCACCGCAAUGAUCGAGUGGAAUUACAUGCGAAGCUCCAUAGAAUAUGUUCCGUGGUUGUAAGAGAAUGUUAGAACAUAGAUUUUGUCAAGUGCUUGCUUAUGCGUUCUUGUGAAUUUUUUCUCAUCAGAGUAAUCUAUUGUACACCAUUUGAGUAGGACUGAUCCGCUCUGCCCCUUUUUGGUUUGGAUGGUUUUUAAAUUAUUGUUUUUUCUUUUUUGAGGAUAUUAUUCUAUUUUCUCCGAGAAUUAGAUUGUAUAUUUUAGAGCAGAGGUCAGACACCAGAAAACUUCAUACAGAUGUCAGAUUGUAAAUAUAUUAGGG